AUGGCACCGGCCUCAUUGCCGUCGCAUGUUGACAUGGACGUCGUUUCCAAACUCUUGCAAGAUGUAAAUGAGAAUGUGCAGGCCUUUGGCUCGGGAGACCUCAAGACGCGUGAAGCAGCUAUCGAGGCUUGUCGGUCGCUUGCCUCAGUCCUCGAAACUCCCAGUGAGGCGGUGGUGAGAAUGACUUGGGUCGAGCCCAGUCAUCUUGCGGCGCUGCGCAUGGCUGUUGAUAUGCGGCUCUAUGAGCAUGUCGCUGCCGAGGAAGGCUCCCCGAAGACAAGUGCCCAGGUUGCGGCGGCGUGCUCAGCGGAGCCAUGGUUGGUUGGCCGGAUGAUGAGGCAUCUCGCUGCGAUGAAUACCCUUCGUCAGGUCGAUGCAGAUAGCUAUGUGCCAAACCCGUUUGCACAAGCCAUGACACAAUCCAUCUUCAGAGAGAGCGUUGUUUUGAUGCACGAUAUUUGCAUUCCGAUCAACAUGAAGACGGCCGAGUUCUUCGCAGAAAAUGGCUACACCAGCCCGACAGAUCCUCUCAACACACCAGCUCAACAUACAUUCAAUGCCAAAGGCAAGACACACAUCUUAGACAUAUUUGCACAACGUGGACAGACUCAGGGACUUGCCAGUAUGAUGGCUACCUGGAUGCUCGACCGGCCGCACUGGUCCGACGACGACUUGGGCUUCUAUCCGGUGAAGCAGCGACUGAUACAAGGCGCGACCGGUGACGAUGAUUCGGUCUUUCUGGUGGAUGUUGGAGGCAGCACGGGGCAUGAUCUGGAGAAGCUUCUCAUUCGACACCCGUUCAACAGCUUCCCCGGACACCUGGUCCUUCAAGAUCGUACUGAAGUCAUUGAUUCGAUUCCCGAGAACAGCCUGAAUGCUGGGAUCCGUGCGACGGCCCACGACUUUUUCACUCCACAGCCGGUACAAGGGGCGAGAACAUAUUUUAUGCACAGCAUAAUUCAUGACUAUCCAGAUGACAGGGCACGGUUGAUUCUAAAGAAUAUCGCCCGGGCAAUGAAGAAGGGGUACUCCAAACUUAUCUUGUGGGAUUUCGUGCUCCCAGAGAAGGCCGUGGCCUCGACACUGUCAGCUCUAGAUUGGGAAAUGAUGUCUUUUUAUGCCGCCAGUGAGAGGUCAGAGGGUCAGUGGAAGACAUUACUCGAGGAUCCCGAGGUUGGGUUGAAGGUCAAUGGGAUCUGGAGCUACAGUCAGUUCGACCAAAGUGUGAUUGAAGCAGAAUUAGCUUGA